AUGAAGUCUGUCUUACCAUCAGACUGGUGGCUGUCCAGAUAUAAUGCAGAAAAUAGUUCAAAGUUGGAAUCGAAGAAGUCAUCGUCGCCUCGUGGCUAUGACCAGUGCCCCGUUGAUAAAGAUGAGCUUGGCCGUUCCACAUGGAAUCUUUUGCAUACGAUGAGCGUUUACUAUCCAGAAAAACCAACAGAUGAACAAAAGCAGACUGUCUCUACAUUUAUGGAUAGUUUAGCAAAGACAUACCCGUGUGAUUAUUGUGCAAAGGAUUUACGUAAAAGUUUAAAAAAUGAUCCUCCUAAACUUGGUAGCCGCACAGAGUUCGCGAUGUGGAUGUGUCAGCUACACAAUAAAGUCAACAAGAGGACAGGAAAACCGGAAUUCGAUUGCUCAAAAGUUUUCGAACGUUGGAAAGAUGGUUGGAAGGAUGGCUCUUGUGAUUUUUGA